CUCUGCCAAGAAAGCAGCCUGAUGCAGGUUUGGUUGUGUCUCCAAGCUCUGAUAUGCAGCACCUGAGGAUAUGCCGUCUGCAUACACAUGUACUGCAGGUCCUUGUGCUAAUCAUGGCCUUGCCUGCCCUGGAUGAGCAGAACAGUGUGAGGCCGUUGGCUUGGUGGUGGCAUUUGACCUUGCUUUUCCUUGUCUGAUUGGGAGACCUCCCCAAGUUUGAAGCAUCUGUACAUGGAAUAUGAAGAGGAUGAUGAUAUUUCCUUUGCAAAAUGGAUGAGCAGCUUCUGGGGCCAUGACUUGAUCUAUGAUGGUGAGAAAGAGGGUAGAGGCUACAAGAAGUAUCAGACGCGACUCUUUAGUGAAAGGAGAGCCUCCCUUCCGGCCAGGCUUUCUUCCUUCCAUACAACACGACUUCAUGCUUCUACCAAAGGCUCAUCUUCAGGCCAUCUCAAGGGUUCCAAGGAAUUUAAAGAAGACCAAGAUGUCAAAUGCCACUGCCACAGCAAGGCAAGCAGAACACCGUCAGCAGACAGCUCAUGCUCAGAGACAAGAUCAAACUCCAUCCAGGAAUUUGCAGAGUCCUUUGAAAAACAAUUGCAUCUCAAAAGCAAACGCUCGGUUUCUUUGCAACCUGAAGGCAUGAAGGAGAGAAGAGAAAGAGAAAGAUUGCAUUUGAGAAAAAGCAAGUCUCACAAGGGUGUCAGAGAGAAAUCAGAGCCAAGGAGAGAGCGGGAAGAAGAUGAAAGUUCUGAAGUUUUACCUGCAAAACACAACAGUUUCCAUCACAAGCCACAAGCAAGCAUUGAGAAAGGAUAUUUAUGCACAGGCAGCUAGAACACGUGGAGAUAAUGAAUUUUAACACUCCCUUGAAGAGCAGAGGGAGCAUUCUUGUUUUGUUUUGUCUAGAAAAGGACUGUUAGCUAGAAUAAACCCUAACAUGUAAAAUAAAUGUAAAAUUCAACUGCAUC